AAGAACUUCCUGAACCGUUUUCGAGUAGUGAAUACUGAGUAGGGGCCUGGGAUGAGGAACUCCACCUCAGUGCUCACUGUUCAGUGCACAAUCCUAUACAAAGUAUUUUCACAAUCCUAAAGAACCCAGACGGCAUUAAAAGAUGAUGCUAAUGCUACAGCAAUCGCAAUGCAAAAACUACCGUUGAGGCAUUUCACCAAACACCUUACCUGCACGAAACGGAUCUUCUCCUCUCAGCUUCCCAAAACCAAAAUGGGCCUAUCCUCAAUAUCCUCUUCAACGCCUAUGCAACAAUCACAAUCACUUAAGGUCAAAUCCCUCCACACUUCACUCUUCUGCACGCUCAUUCACCUCUUCCUCCGCUGCCACCGCCUCUCAAAGGCCAUAGGCGCCUUCUCCGCCAUGAGAAGUCACAAUCUUACUCCUGAUAUGCGUUCUUGGAACCGCCUCUUGGCUCACUUCAAUGAUGCCGGUUUGGUCGACCAGGUGAUGAUUCUUUACUCGGAAAUGGUCUCUUCUGGGGUCAGCCCCAAUGUGGGCACCCGUAAUAUAGUUAUUCAUUCUCUUUGUAAAGUUGGAAAGGUUAAAGAAGCUUUGGUCAUGCUUAGAGACUAUAAUUUGAGUGACACUGUUAGUUAUAAUACUGUAAUUUGGGGAUUUUGUAAAAAUGGGUUUCAGAAGGCGGGACUUGGAUUGGUGUCUGACAUGGUUAAAAGGCGCGUAAAGAUUGAUACUUUUACUUGUAAUAUACUGAUUAAGGGGUUUUGCGAAAUGGGAUUGUUGGAAACUGCUGAAUUUGUGAUGCAAAUGUUUAGUGGUAGUAGUAAUGUUUAUAGGGAUAUUGUUGGUUUUAAUACUUUGAUUCAUGGGUACUGUAAAGUUGGUGACAUGAAUGGUGCUGUUAGGUUGACUGAGAAAAUGAGAGAAGAGGGUGUGUUGCCUGAUAUUGUGAGUUACAAUAUUUUAAUUCAUGGGUUUUGUAAAGUAGGAGAUUUUGAUAGGGCCAAGAGUCUCAUGGAUGAGCUCUUGCAUUCUUAUGAGGAUGUGAACGUUUAUAACAAUAAGCAACAACAGAACAGUGAUGAGGGUGAAAAUAAGGAAUCUUUGGUUAGACGAUUGGACGUUCAACCAAAUCUAAUAACCUAUACAACAUUGAUUACUACGUACUGUAAGCAGCAUGGAGUUGAAGAAGUACUUGCCAUAUACGAGGAAUUGAUUAUGGCAGGGUUGUUUCCUGAUGUAGUUACAUAUAGUACAGUUAUAUGUGCUCUUUGUAAGGCUGGGAGAAUUGCUGAAGCCAAAUUACUUUUUGAGGAGAUGAAAAUUGUGGGAGUAGAUCCCAAUCAUGUCACUUAUUCAAUCCUUGUGGAUACUUUAUUUAAAGCUGGGAAUGGCAUAGCUGCAGAUAGUAUACAGAGUCAAAUGGUAGUUCGUGGUAUUGCCUUUGAUGUGGUGGUGUUUACAACUUUGAUGGAUGGGCUUUUCAAGCUAGGAAGGAAUAAGGAGGCUGAAGAUAUGUUUCAGAUCCUUGUGAAGUCCAAUAUAGUUCCCAAUCAUAUUUCUUAUACUGCAUUAUUUGAUGGGCGCUGCAAAUUAGGUGAUAUUGAGGGUGCGGAAUCUUUGCUGGAAGAGAUGGUGCAUAAAAAUGUUCUUCCAAAUAUUGUCACAUUAUCUUUAGUGAUUAAUGGCUAUGUCAAAGAGGGAAUGCUUGAUGCAGCAUCAAAUCUUAUGAAGAAAAUGGUCAGCAUGAAUAUCAUGCCUAAUGUUUUUACUUAUGGCAUCCUCAUAGACGGCUAUUUCAAGGCUGGUAAGAGAGAAAUUGCUUAUGGUCUUUAUGAGAAGAUGAAAUUGAGAGGGAUCAAGGAGAAUUGUUUCAUAUUAGACAUAUUGGUUAAUAAUAUGAAAAGAGAAGGAAAGGCAGACGAGGCUGAGGCACUAUUCAGGCACAAAGUGUCCAGUGGAUUUUUACCUGACCAUGUCAACUACACAUCUCUCAUGGAUGGACUUUUCAAAGCAGGGAGGGAGUCAGUAGCACUAGGAAUAGCGCAGGAGAUGGCAGAACAAAAUUUAGGAUUUGAUGUGACUGCAUACAAUGUAUUGGUCAAUGGACUAUUGGGACUUGGCCAAUAUGAAAUGCAAAAUGUUUAUGAGGGUAUGAGACAAUUUGGCUUGUUUCCCAAUAUUGCAACAUAUAACACCAUGAUUAGUGCCUACUGCCGAGAGGGAAAGCUGGAAAAAGCUCUUGAAAUCUGGAAGGAAAUGAUAAGUUGUGGGGUCAUGCCUAAUUCAGUCACUUGUAAUGUUAUUGUUAAAGGGCUUUGUGAGGUGGGUGAAGUUGGUAAAUCAAUGGAUCUGUUGAAUGAAGUGAUUGUUCUGGGGUUUACUCCCACAUUAACUACUUAUAGAUCUGUGGUUGAUGCUGCUUCAAAGUGUGAAAGGGCUGAGGCAAUCCUGCAAAUCCAUAGCCAGCUUGUUGAUAUGGGACUUAAGCUGAAUGUUUCAGUUUACAACACUCUUAUAACAAUCUUAUGCAGGCUAGGGAUGACUAGAAAAGCAAAAUCAGUAAUAAAAGAUAUGAAAGAAAAAGGUUUCUCAGCUGAUACUAUCACAUACAAUGCCCUGAUACGUGGAUAUUGUAAAAGCACACAUAUACAGAAGGCUUUUGUGACAUUUACCCAAAUGCAGGUUGAAGGAGUUGCCCCAAAUAUUGCAACAUAUAAUGCUCUUUUAGAGGGUCUAUCAACUGCUGGAUUGAUGGAUGAAGCGUCUGAGCUACUUCAAAAAAUGAGGAAGGAUGGGUUUAUCAUGAAUGCUAAUACUUAUGAAAUUUUGAUUUCUGGCUAUGGGAAGGCAGGGAAUAAAAGGGAGUCGAUAAAGAUUUACUGUGAGAUGAUAACUAAAGGUUUUGUUCCUCGAGUUGGCACUUAUAAUGUACUCAUGCAUGGGUUUGCCAAGUUGGGAAAGAUGAAGCAGGCUAGUGAGCUUAUGAAUGAAAUAGAACACAGAGGAGUACAACCUAAUUCUUCAACUUAUGACAUACUUAUAACUGGGUGGUGUGAGCUAUCAAAUCAAGCAGAGGUUGAGAGGUCACAGAAAUUAGCCUACCAGGCUGAGGCGAGAAGGUUAUUUAAGGAGAUGAACGACAAAGGUUUUACUCCAAGUGAAACCACAAUCUCUUGUAUCAGUCCAGCUCUUGCAAAACCAGGGAAAAGGGUUGAUGCCCAAAGGUGGUUGGAAAAGUUUUACAAGAGGAAGAGCACUUAAUUAAAGAUGCAGCUUGAUGUCCAAUUUGGCAAAUUGACCAAUAGUUAACUUCAAAAUAUGGAUUUCAUUGGAAGUUGAAGAGAUUAUGAAAAUGUUUGAAAGAAGAGUGAAAACAAAGAAAGGAAUAUCAUAUUUGAGGAGUUGGGCCCAGUAGCAGGUACAGUUCUUUCAUAUGAAACAUGUGCAGUGCAGAAAUCAUUUCCAGAUGGUACAUAGCACAUCUUCUGUGGAAUCUCGUAGAGAAGUAUAAGGAUAAAAUACAUGUCAAAGGUUCAAAUUAUCAGCCACACAUAAAGAUCUGGGGUUAACUGCUAUAUCCUUGUGUCGUGCAUAGCUGAUUUUUCCUGCUGUAGCCUGUCUAGGCCUGUAGAUCUUUUUUGGUUCCAAUGAACAGGGAAAAGAGCCAUUAUUGCAGAGUUAUCCUCCUGGCAGAAAACAGGAGCAAACAACUAAUACAUAGAGGUUUUUAUGGAUACCUAAGUUCCCAGUACUACACUGUGAGCACACAUUUUCCACAAAACGAGACACACUAUGGGUUCAGGAAAUUGUCAAAUUGAUGUUCUCUUUUUCUGUUGGCUGAGCCACAUGAAAGUACAAUGCCAUUGCAUUCUACAAUCUGAUGGUUUAAGGAAUUUAUAUAUUCUUCGGGUAGAACUACAUUUCUCAAACUUCUAUAGGGAGGUUUUGCUUCUUGGGUGUCUCUCUAGUUUGCAUCAACUGGUUUGAUUUUGAUACAGAUUGAUCAAUUAGGUCAUUGCACAUCCUUAAAGUCUGAAGUUACAUGAAUCAUGACUGCUUAUCUAAGACCAAAUUGUUUCAUUGACACCACAGAGUAUGAAAGUCAUAGUUUUGGACACAUUCUACAUGGGGUAAGUCUGGAUUAUUUUUUUUUUCAAACGUCAAUGAAGAUGGUUAGUAGAAAUUUGGCUGUACUCUCUGGACAUUUUUUGGCUAAUAUUGUUCUAUGAGAUUAUUGUUAUAUCCUAAAGGAAAACAGCAUCCAAUUCUGCUGGCAGUUUGGGAUCUUGAAUACUUGUUUGCUAACCACUGGACUUAAAAGAAGUUUGUGACUAUAAAGAAUCAAUAGGCAAGAAAACUACUCGUGUUUUUUUACUAUUCAAUCUUUUUCCAUGAUUUAGUGCCACUGUCAGUGUUACUGAUGACCAAUGGUUUUGACAAUUUUUUUCCCACUUGGUAAUAUAAUGAAGUGCAAGGAUGCAGACUUGUUCUCAAGACGUGAGUCAACAAUUUGUAUCACUCGAACUACCUAAGGAUACAAUUUUCUUUACUCAGCUAAUUUUAGCUAGAUUAAAUAUGAGAAAUGGAUACUGAAUUUCUUGUAAUACCAGCUAGCCUAAUCCCACAUUGCGGGUUGCAUGCUUUUCAGCAUUUUCAGUAGAUGCAAAUUGUUCUGUUAAAGCUGGUCGCGGCCACUGAUUCAAGAUCUUUUCUUUGCUUUCUAAUGUAUACAAAUGACAUCACUUUAAUCCAGGAUAGAGGUACUUAAUUUUUAUCUAUAGUUCAUAGCUCCUGGGAAAAGUAAUAUCACAAUGUUCUAGUUUCACAUCUAAAUACUAUGCCAUUAACUCAUGGACAAUGCAAAAUUAAGUAUUAAUGACGACUUCGCCGCAUCUUAUAAAGGUUCAAUUAUAGCCCUGCUAUAACUCCCAAUGCAAGAUUACAGUUCAUGGAUUCUUGCUGCCACUGUUAUGACUUCAUUCAAUAUCGUACUGAUAACAAGAAAGAUCAGAGUUUUCCCAAUUGUUCCAUCUCUUAUAUUCCUAUGUGUAUGAUCUGUAAAAUUUUACGGUGUUUGACUAAUUCAUGCUGGAUCUAUAAUACAGUAUUUGAGUACAAAUACACAGCAUGGCGUCUUCUUUAUGUAUGUAAUUUCUGAGGUAUUGGUUGAUGCAAAGAUGGUAUAACAUUGGGUUUGCCAGACAUAAAUACAACAGUUGGAAUUGUUAUGAGGUCUCAGAAAUUUGGGUUAAUAGCACAACUACUAUGACGAGUUUAAGGACCCCAGUUCCUAACUUCCGGGCUAUGGGUUUUGUUCACUGGGUUAUAUUCAUUCACCUACUUAGGUUGUUGAUCUGACUUUGAAUGGUAAAUUAUUCAUUUUCUCUUGUUGCUUUGGGCCACAAUAGCUAUCUGGUUGGUGCACUCUUUAUGGUGUAUUGUUCUCUGUGAUCAAGGUCCAUUCAGUAUUCCAUGAAUGAGCAACAAUUUCCUGGAAAAACAGCAGAAUCAGAUGAUACAUUUGGUUCUCUACCAAGUUCAUUGAUCAUUUAACUACAUGUUGAAGAAGGAUGCAUUUAUUUUAUCUGUUCAAGACUUGUGUCCGUUUGUCCUGCUUUCUGCUCUGACAUCCCUUGUCUAUCUCUUGCAGCUUCUUGAACAUGUCAUACGUAUGGUACCAUGGCAUUGAAGGAAUUCUAGUUGCAUGUGGUGGACAUGCUUUUCUGUGAUAAGACAGGAGGAAAGGAGAAUCAGUUAAACGGUUUGGACAACUGGGACUUCAUUUUUAGUCAAGAGUGGGGUGCAAAAUUGAAGACAGCAGAUCACGGAUAGGGUAUGCUUCAUUUAUUGAAAGGGUGAAUGAAAUUCCAGAUGCUGCUCGAGUGAGUACACCAACCGCUCUGUUUUCUCAAGACCAGACAAUAGAACAUGGAGAGUCGUGUUAAGGCUUUAGGUGCAGGCACUUCUCCCUGUGAAGAGAGAACAGCUCAAAAAUAUUAAAGGAAGCCACAUGCAGGAAAGCAUAAUAAUGGAAACAAGCUGACCAGACUUGACGCCAUUACACCUAAUUGAGAGGUAUGUUUUGAUUAGGAAGGCAUGAAUUUACGAUUAGUCUUGAAAUGGAAAUAGGAGAGCCUUUCUUUGCAGUUUGUUUGGUGAGUUACAAUAAUGAUAGAUAAUCAAAGAAUCAAGAGAAGCAAUCCCAGUCCUUGGAUCUGUUGUAGCCUGUGAACAGCUCAAAUUUUCGGCCAAGUGAAGGACAAAAAUUGAUCUGUUAUUGAAUCAUGACCAGUUGCUUCCCUUAAUCAAAAUCUUAGUAAUGUGUCACUUCAUGUUAA